CCACCCAUAGUUGUGUUCCACUCCUUGAAGUUCUACAAAUUUACAUCGUCGAAGUAUUCGCCUUCAAAUAAGGCUUCGUUCUGUUAUCUAAAAUUGCUGUUGCAGAUUUCAAGAUAUGGCCAAACCUGGGGAUGCUGACAAACAGUAUAAGUUGGUUGUGGUCGGAGGUGGAGGAGUCGGUAAAUCUGCGUUAACGAUUCAGUUUAUUCAAUCUCAUUUUGUCAGUGACUAUGAUCCUACGAUCGAAGACAGCUAUCGUAAACAGUGUGUCAUCGACGAAAAAGUCGCUCAUUUAGACAUUCUUGAUACAGCUGGUCAAGAGGAAUUUAGUGCGAUGAGAGAACAAUACAUGCGGAAUGGUGAAGGAUUUUUAUUAGUUUUCUCAGUGAUAGAUCGUUCAAGCUUUGAAGAAGUAAAGCGCACAUUUCACCCACAAAUACUUCGUGUGAAAGACAGGUCAGAGUUCCCAAUGAUUUUGGUUGGAAACAAGUCUGACUUAGAACCAGAAAGAACAGUGUCAACAUCUGAAGGCCAGGAGUUGGCUAGUGAACUCAAGAUUGAGUAUAUAGAAACCAGUGCUAAACAAAGAACCAAUGUUGAUGCAGCAUUUCACAACCUUGUAAGAGCUAUCAGAAAAUUUUAUGCACAGUUGGAAGAACAACAAAAGAAGAACAAUCCCAGGAAGAAAAGUAGAUGUUUAAUUUUGUGACCCUCUUCAUUUAGGACGUUAUAUUUGUUUCAAAAUCUUUAUGUUAGAGCAUGAGAUGAUUGAAUAGUUGUCAAAUUUCUGAACAAGGCUGUGUGCUUGUUCAGGAGGAGAGAAACACUAUAGAAGAACUAUGUUUCAAGUUAUUUUUGUACAAAUUAUGCAUGUGGCGUUGGGCUAAAUUAAUGCAUACAGGACGGCUUCUUAACAAAUUACUUUUUUCAGUGUGGAGAGUGAAAGAUGAGAGAAACUUGUGUGAAUUCCUCGUUGUAAAAAGUCUGGUACAGACAAACCCAGACUAUGCAAAUAGUUGUAUGAAUUCGUGAUAUCAUAACCCAAUUGCUAACAAGCCAUGGCUAACCUCUAAGAGUGAUAAACAUCUAAUUUCUCAGAAGAGUAUUUCCCCAGAAUCACACAUCAAGGUCAUGAGAAUAAAGGAAAUUAUCGCAAACUCAAGAAGCUUUUGAUUGUUAGGCUAAUUCUCCCUGUAAGUAACAUCGGAAAUGUGUGAGGAACAGUAUCGAGAAGUUGCAUACUGAUGUUGGGGUGUUAAGUGUUAAGAAAGCUGUGGGUAGAUGCUCAAACAAGAUUCGCGUCUCUCUUUUUUUACCGUGUAUUCUAUACUUAAUGUUAUUAAUGACAAAAUUGUAGUCUAAAAGCUUUUAACCCAAUAUCUAAACAUAUUUAUCACGAGAUAACAAUAUUUUUUCUUGCUACUUUUAUAUUUUUUUCUAAUUACAUAAAUGUGCUGAAGUGAAUUUCCCGGAGCAAUGUAUGUUGACACCGCGAAAGAGUUUUUGCCAUUUUUUUGUUUAAAUCUAAUAAUAAAGUUAACAUUCCACAAGUUA